AUCCACAAUGUGCAUCUUUUUGCAACGUGGUUUGGUGCACUAUCAACGGAGAGCAGUACAUGGAACGUCGCUGGUAUGAUAUAGACGAUGUUCACAACAUACACGUCGAUAAUCGCUCGCGAUCUCUAUUCUCACUUCUGGAAGUGUUCUGAGACGGCGGAUACGCUCAGUUGUUAUGAACACGUGUAUUCAGCGAGCGUUCCUGAGAAAAGGUAAAGAUCAAGCCCGCCGUGCAAUCGCUCGCUUCCGUAUCGUGCAAGCAAGCCGUUCAUGUAAGAUGAGGCAUGGGUUCUGCGCAAUGCCUCGCCGCAACCGUCAGGCAGCAUUGCACUUGGGUCAUAUAUACUCGCCGUCAACGGUUUCAACGUCCUCAUCAACUAGGAGGAUAGACUUCUCCAGUACGCACUCUCUAAUCGUUUCUCUCGUUUGUUGACUGAUUGAGUGUAGGACAUGUCUGAAACACCCAAUACCUCCCGACAGGCGUCGCCCGUCAGGUCGUUGCGUUCACGAAUGGGCACUAUGCUCAGACGGAACUCUUCGGGCUUUGGCUUCUCUAGACCUACUACGCCAUUGCGUCGCUCUGACUCCAAGACGUCGCUAAGGCUGUCAACGGACUCGGCGCCGGCGUCCUCUCAAGACCACCACGUCCCUAGUCCCGUUCAGGAAUCGCCAGCUCGUGAAGCGGAGGCUGAACAACCUUCUGCUCCAGCAGCCCCUGCGCCUUCAUCGCUGUCGAAGGAGGUGACUUCAUCUCCUGAGGCAGCUCCUGUCCAACUCACAGCUGAACCUGAAUCAACGACACACGCACCUGCUGCUCCUAUUGAGCAACCCGCCGAGCCAAAGUCUGAUAUUGCAGCACAGACUUCUCCGGCGCCUGUGCCUAGUCAACCUCAGAGUGAGGAACAUCGUCCUGAGCCCGAACCACAAACUGUUACUGUUUCGACUGCGGCAAAGGCUGCAGCAGAAGUACAGCCCAUAGUACACGAGGAACGAGCCGCCGACGCCUUCGCUUGGAGUGAUGACCAGAAGCCGAAACCAGCUGUUGUCGAGGAUAUUCCAGCAGAAUCUCCUCCUCCAGCACGUGCGCCGUCAAUCGCUGCUGAGCCUGACUCCAUCCCUACAUCCACUCAGGAAGCGAAAGUAAACCCAGCUCCCUCAGAAGCACACGAUACCGGCUUUGCAUGGAAGGACGACACUCAGUCCCGCGUGGUUACCCCCAGACAUUCAUCGUCCAGCCUGGCUAACGUGUCUUCUUCGGGCGCACCUUUAGUGGCUUCACCUGAAUCAACCUCCCGUAACCUCUCACCCAAAGGCAGCAAGUCCUCUCUCUCAUCUUCGUACGGCCAUGUUGUUGUUUCUGCCGCAGGCAGACGCGUAUCUGUCUCUGUUGAUCCGAACGAGGGCGAAAUAAGGCGUGGUCGAACUAGCAGAUCGUCGAGCAUUCGGGUAUCUUUCGAUGAUUCCAACGCUGACCCAUUCGCUGAUCCACCUGCACCUCAAACCAUGCCCGUCCCUAGUCGGAUGCUUUCCCCGAUUGACAGUAUUGCCGAACCAGCCGAAUCACCGAGAGAGUUGCAAGACACAGACUUAACGGGCAAUCAGAGGGUCUCGAUUCUUCCCUACACCGAGGAGCACACAUAUGCCUCUAUGCCUGGCCCGGUCAUUAUGCCUCUUCCUCCCGCGUCAUCGGUGAUUUUAGAUCACAAGCCAGUCAAGCAGGUCCCAUCGGCAUACAGCCUGAACGAGCGUGCCAACGGCCACACGGAUCACGAUCCUCACGAGACCGACGAACGUCUACCUCUUCUUCCUCGUGGUAUGGACCAGAAUGCAGGAACAUCGAAGUCCGCUAUUCACGCAGACGUCUCAAGUCAUAGCGCCGUCGUUUUCCCUUCUGGUCCAGCACUCUGGCCUACUCCCGCUCAGUCGCUACAAUCGCUUGGCUGGACGGAGUUCCUUUUGCCAGACAGUUCUAUAUAUUACCACCACAGAGGCAUGCGUAUCACAACUGAUAUUAUUCUUCGCAACACGAAGAAGCUUGAGGCCGUCACCGAGUAUCUCGAUCGUAAGCUUCCAGAGGAAGUCUCUCUGGCACCUGAAGGCUGGGAGCUCUGGCUCCGUGACGCUGACACGUCCAAGCACGGAUUCUCUCCGAUUCGAAGCUGGGUCAACCACAACGCAAAGGUUUUAUCUUUUGAUCCUCCCCCAGCACGCGCAGGGGAGGUCGCUACACUUCCUGAUCAUAUUACUGACGAUGAUAGGCUGGAUAUGGAGUAUCGCUAUUGGGCGUUCGUGGAAGGCCACCCCAGUCAUAUUGUGCUUCCCGAUUCCGUUCACAGAGAGGCUAUGGAUGCUUUGCAAUGGUCAUAUACCGAUUGUCUCCUUCCCACCAACCAACCUACUCCGCCUCCCUUCUUGCCUCAUGAAUGUCAGGAACUCAUGGGGCUACUUCAUUCAUUCGAGGAUAGCAGCUCCAAGAUGAACUCAGUCAUCCACACGCGUGUCGUCUCUCGGGUUCUGAUUCGGGUUGCUCAGUGGCGUCAACAGUAUUUCCGGCCAAACAAGCCCCUGCCUCGCGAUACCGCCAAAGGCACCGUCCGUCCUGAGCAUCGCUUAACAUUCCGGCGCGCUGUAUUGGACGUUGCCAUGUCCAUCAUUUGCCUUGGUAUCCCCUACCUGUUCGUGGACCGCUCUCGAGGUCGCAGGAUAGAUGAGGAGAGCGGGUUGCAAAGCGCAGGUCCCAUACUCAUGAUUGGAUCCUGUGCUUGCCUGGUGUCUGCGGUUAUCCUCAGUGCUUCUGUCACGUUCAUGACCCUUCCGGGACUCGACGAUGUCGCCCGGCUGGCCGGAAUGAUUGCGAUUCUUUUCUCUGCUUCAAGUAUGGUUUCUUCUGUGUUUGCACUUUUCCGUUACAAGGCAGACGUUGAGCGCACAGUGGUGUAUGUUGGCGGUGAAGGUCUUAUGUUGCUAUCUCGACGAAGUAUUGUCAUGUCCCUUCCACUUGUCUUCCUCGCGUGGGCAAUCGCCGCCUUCGUGACUGGCAUCACGUUCUACUCGUUCCGCGGGGCCACGCUCACGAGUCGCGUAGUGAUCAAGGUACCCUUCCAAGAUUACACACACUGGGCGAUGGUAGGAACUCUCGGGGGUUUGGCCGGAAUUCUGAUGAUGUCCGCUCUCUUGGCUCGACGAUAGUGUAAACUUGGGAAGAUGUUCCAUGUCUCACAGUAGUAUGCACGCACAGGAUGUUUGCAUUAUGUAUUGUAAUAUUAUUCUGCUUUUCUCCUUCCAUCCUCGCCUUUGAUUACUUUACACUGUGAAUUAAUGCACACGUACAGAGAUACGUUACAGUAUGUAUUGUAUCUUGACCUCUGACCAGCUGUACUACUGUACACAAUACUUGUCGAAUCGAGAGGAAUAACGGCGCUUACUUCUU